AUGGCUCCAAGAGACAACCAACCAUCGAUCAAGCUGGCGGACACUCCGGCUCUCCCGGAUCCCAAAUACUGGGCCCACUCUGUCUCUAUCAACAAGUCGAGCCGCCUUGUCUUCACGUCCGGCAUCACCGGGCAGACGGUCGAUGAUAACUAUCCCGAGACCUUUUCCGAACAAGUGAAGGCCUCAUUCGAUAAUCUUGAAAAGGCACUCGGGGCGGUUGGCGCAUCGAUGAGGAAUGUUGUCAAGAUCACCUUCCUACCCGUCGAUUGGUCGCUCGAGAAGAAAGCAAAGGAAAUGUUUGAGCCGUACGUUAUGUCCCUAGCCGAGACUUACGGCUGGGUCAACCGACCGCUCACCACAACAAUUCCCGUGUCUUCCCUUGGGGACUCUCGAGCACUCUUCGAGGUGGAGGCGGUUGCUACGCUCUCGGGCGACGGAGUUCCUUAUACGGAUGGCUCAGAGGCCGUGGAUCGCUCCCCGCCUCCUACAGUUGUUAGUGCAGUUGUAGUAGGCGGGGGCUUUAGUGGCCUCCAAGCCGCCUUUGAUCUCCAGCAAUCCGGUUUAGACUGCGUCAUCCUCGAGGCUAAGCACCGAGUCGGUGGUCGCAGUCGGUCCCAGAAGCUGCGGACCGGGCCGGGGCUUAUUGAGCUCGGUGCCACCUGGAUCAACAAGACCACGCAGCCCAAGAUCUACGAGUUGACCCAAAAGUUCGGCCUGGAAUGUAUCCAGCAGUAUGACGCGGGUGAUUCGGUUUUACAGACUACAGACGGGACUGUCCGAAAGUUGAAAGAUGGCAAGAUUGAAACCGGAUAUAAGCUAUUCGAGCUAGAAAAUCCGUUGGAAUCGCCCCCCGAGCUCGACAUCUCCGUGGAAGACUGGGUCAAGCAAUCCUGCAGGGACAACGAACUGUCUAACGACUUAGGUCGCCACCUCGUUGCCGCUCUCGUGGGCAGAGAGGUAGGUGAAGUUGGAAUUCACUUCAUACUUGAUUACCUCAAAUCCUGUGGAGGAGUUGAUGCCGUAGGCGGAGAAGGAGAGCUGGGAGCUCAAUCUCUUAAAAUCCGACAAGGAACUUCUUCAAUUGCAACCAGCCUCGCUGACUCGUUACGUCCCCAAUCUGUCACGCUCAACAGCCCUGUUAAUGCUAUUCACCAACUUGAGGAUCACAUUAUCGUUAUCCUGGCCAUCCCCUCCAACACGUACGAGUUCAUCCAGUUCUCACCUCCGCUGCCGCACGCCAAGCGAGCCGUGGUUUCCAAGACAAUGGGUGGCGUUUACUCGAAAGCGAUUGUUACCUACAAGACCCCCUGCUUUAUCGGUCCUAUUUGCUUUUCCUGGGAGAUCUCUGAUCCUGCCCUUGAGCAGUAUUCACUUGCCUUCUUCGUCAGCGGCCCUUGGGCCAAGGAUUGGGGGGAAUUCAUCUGGGGCGCACCUAUCUCCUCCAUGGGACCAGGGCAGCUUAGCAAGUAUGGCAUGGCGCUACGCAAGCCCUUUGGAAAUAUUCACAUCGCUGGCGGUGAGACAGCAUAUGAGUGGAAGGGCUUCCUCGAGGGAGCCCUUAGGGCCGGCUCGCGUGCGGCGAAAGAGGUUACCGAUGCCCUCCAGGCCAAGCAGAAAAUGGCCACAACUUAA